AUGAACGCUCUGGUGGUCUGGGCCUCGUCUUCGGAGGCACUCCAGCAUCUCAGCCCGCACAGUUGGGCUGAGGCCCAGCCCCUCUCCCUGCCCCCCGUCCCGGCCCACAAGACACAGGAUGCCGCACAUCCUGGUCCGUUCGUGCGGCCGCCGGAACCAGUCAGAACAGUGUUUUAG